GCGGCGCGGAAAGGAGUGGGCGCUGGGAUCUGGUGGAGGCCCCCGGGGUGUAUCGUUCCCAGAGGGAUCGAUCGCAGGCCUGCCCCGUCAUCUCCUUAGCGUUGGAGAGAAGGAACUGGGGAAGUUGAGGAGAAAGGUUUAACAGCUUGGGAUUUCCUUGCUGAACUUUUUUCCCCCAGGCAGGCUUCUGAAGGCUGCGCCACUGGACCUUAGAGGGCUGACUCUACUCUGGUUUGGCCUUGGCAUGUUGUGGGAGCAGUUUUUAUCAGAAUUCUCAACUUGCAAGUUGAAGUCUUCGGCCACACCAGGAGGGAGGGCUUCGAGGAAGAUUCUAGCGUCUCACCUCUCCUUUGUUAGGCUGGGGGCUUGUGUAGAAUGGUGGCUAUGCUUCUGCAGGCUUGUGGCCAAAGUCUGUGAAAGUGGUUUUCGUUGGUCAGCUGAACUGGAAUUUUCAGGUUGUUUUCUCCCUCUGCUCUGGAGAGUAGUAGGAGCUCUUCUCCCUCCACUCCCUUCAUCUAAGUUCUAAAGGCUGCUAAGGGUUAGCUGGUCAUAUUUGAUGAAGCAGUUGUUUAAACUUGUGAAAAUACUGAAGCAGGAUCUUAAACUUCAGGGGUUUGUUUUGGUUUCUGUUUGUUACACUCAGGGGUGUAAAUGUUGGAGCACCCCUGUUAUGGGCUUGUUUGCUUUGGUGUUUACAGAACAAUACUAGGGUUUUCUGUUUCAUUCCACUUUGAGUACUCUAUAAUCUCACCAAUUCCUGUUACUUUCCCACUGAAAUGUUUACUGGCUAUUUGUAGUAGUUUCUCCCCUUAAUAAAUAAAGGUAACAGAUAGAAAAAAAUAGAUACUUGCCUGUCUGUUAUUCAGUAAGUUCAUGGAGCCUGGAGAGUGGUUUUCAAAGUCCUGUACUUUUAUUCUUGAGUGCCCCAGUCCUUGGUAUUUUGAGAGCAUGUCACAAUACUUCCAUCAUCUUCCAGGGAAAGCUCCCUUAUGGAACUUUUUCCUUCUCAUAUUCCGUCAUCAUAAUAGCAGUUAGUCUCAGUAUUCUAAUGAUGAUAGUUGGAGCAAUUUUUCCUUGGAAUGACUCUGCUGGCUGCUGUUAGAGAGUUGGUGAGCAUGAGUGGAGAUGAAGAAUGUGGAAGGAACUGCUUCCUGUUUGCUUCAACAGGAGAAAAUGUGAAGGAGCCCAGGCAGCGGAAAGAUAACAGGCGCCCAGAUCUGGAAAUCUAUAAACCUGGUCUUUCUCGACUAAGGAACAAACCUAAAAUCAAGGAAAUCUCUGGGAGUGAUGAAUUUAAGGACGAAAUUGUUAAUGACAGAGAUUCUUCUACUGUUGGAAAUGGUACACAGCUCACUAAAGACGUCUGUAAAGAACUGGACAACCAACAGCAAAAUGGUCCUUUAGACCCAGAAAAUAUCCGGGCACAGGAAUCCUUCCCAAGGACUGCUGGACAAGAGGAUCGAAGUCUAAGAAUUAUCAAGAGAACAAAGAAACCUGAUAUGCAGAUCUAUCAGCCUGGAAGGCGUUUGCAGACUGUUACCAAAGAAUCAUCUAGCCGGGUAGAUGAGGAAGAAAUCCUCAACCAGGUGGAACAACUGAGAGUAGAGGAAGAUGAUUGUAGGGGAAAUGUGAAAGAGGAGGUUGUGAAUAAACAGGAGACAGAGAAGAGCCUAAAUGGUGACAGAGUAAGGGCUACAAAGGGAGAGAAAGGAAGGAGGGUUGAAAAAGGGGAGGGGAUAAAGAAAGUCAAUGAUGACCUGGCACAGGGAAAGCCAGGUUCUGUGAAGCGCUACUCUCGCUCAGACAAACGAAGGAACCGCUACCGCACUUGCAGUACCAGCUCCGCUGGUAGCAACAACAGUGCUGAGGGGGCUGGCCUGACUGAUAAUGGAUGUCGCCGCCGCCGCCAGGAUCGAACCAAGGAGAGGCCACGACUGAAGAAGCAAGUGUCUAUGUCCUCAACUGACUCCUUAGAUGAGGACAGAAUUGAUGAGCCUGAUGGGCCCAGGAGGAGCUCAGAAAGGAGGAAACAUUUAGAUAGAAGCUGGUCUGGCCGUGGAGAGGGAGAGCAGAAAAGCAAUGGUAAAGAAAAUCGAGGCGCUCUUCGUGUUACUUUUGAUGCAGAAACCAUGAACAAAGAUUCCCCACUGCUGAGGUCAGCCAGGGAGGAUGUGGAUAGGAUAAAGCCUGACAAGGGCUUGAGCAGUGGAGGCAAAGGCUGUGAGAAGCAGGAGUCUAAAAACCUGAAACAAGAACUUCGGGGUCGUGGCCGUGGCAUUCUGAUUCUGCCUGCCCAUACCACCCUGUCUGUCAAUUCAGCUGGUUCUCCAGAGUCUACACCCUUGGGACCUCGGCUUUUAUUUGGAUCUGGUAGUAAGGGAUCUCGGAGUUGGGGCCGAGGAGGCACCACUCGACGAUUGUGGGACCCAAACAAUCCUGAUCAGAAACCUGCUCUAAAGAGCCAGACACCCCAGCUACAUUUCUUGGACACUGAUGAUGAAGUCAGUCCCACAUCUUGGGGUGACUCACGCCAGGCCCAAGCAUCUUACUAUAAGUUUCAAAACUCUGACAACCCCUAUUACUACCCCCGGACACCAGGCCCAGCCUCCCAGUAUCCUUUUACAGGCUAUAGCCCUCUGCAGUACCCUGUGGGCCCUACGAAUGGUGUGUACCCAGGGCCUUACUACCCAGGCUAUCCAACUCCAUCAGGACAGUAUGUUUGUGGCCCUCUCCCUGCCAGCACCAUGAGUCCUGAGGAUAUGGAGCAGCACAUGAGGAACAUGCAGCAACAGGAGCUACAUAGGCUUCUCCGGGUGGCCGACAACCAGGAACUGCAGCUCAGCAACCUGCUUUCCAGGGACCGCAUCAGUCCUGAGGGCCUGGAGAAGAUGGCUCAGCUCAGAGCUGAACUGCUGCAGCUAUAUGAGCGCUGUAUUCUAUUAGAUAUUGAGUUCUCUGAUAAUCAGAAUGUGGAUCAGAUCCUGUGGAAGAAUGCUUUCUAUCAGGUGAUUGAGAAGUUCAGGCAGCUUCUCAAGGAUCCAAAUGUUGAGAACCCAGAACAGAUUCGGAACAGACUUUUGGAGCUGUUGGAUGAGGGUAGUGACUUCUUUGAUAGUUUGCUUCAGAAGCUGCAAGUUACUUACAAGUUCAAACUGGAGGACUACAUGGACGGUCUUGCCAUUCGCAGCAAGCCAUUACGCAAGACAGUAAAAUAUGCCUUGAUCAGUGCACAACGAUGUAUGAUUUGCCAAGGAGAUAUUGCUAGGUAUCGGGAGCAAGCGAAUGAUACAGCAAACUAUGGGAAAGCUCGCAGUUGGUACCUGAAGGCCCAGCACAUUGCUCCCAAGAAUGGACGUCCCUAUAACCAGUUGGCUCUCCUGGCAGUGUAUACGAGGAGGAAGCUUGAUGCUGUGUAUUACUAUAUGCGCAGUUUAGCUGCCAGCAAUCCUAUCCUGACUGCCAAGGAGAGUCUCAUGAGUUUGUUUGAAGAGACCAAACGAAAGGCUGAACAGAUGGAAAAGAAGCAACACGAGGAGUUGGAACUGAGCCCUGACCAAUGGCGGAAAGGAAAGAAGUCUACUUUCCGGCAUGUUGGAGAUGACACGACUCGCCUGGAGAUCUGGAUUCAUCCAUCCCAUCCUCGGUCCUCCCAGGGCACUGAGUCUGGGAAGGAUUCUGAGCAGGAGAAUGGGCUAGGCAGCCUGAGCCCCAGUGAUCUGAACAAAAGGUUCAUCCUCAGUUUUCUCCAUGCCCAUGGGAAGCUGUUUACCCGGAUUGGGAUGGAGACAUUCCCUGCAGUGGCUGAGAAGGUCCUCAAGGAGUUCCAGGUGUUACUGCAGCAUAGUCCCUCUCCUAUUGGCAGUACCCGUAUGCUGCAGCUUAUGACCAUCAACAUGUUUGCUGUACACAACUCCCAGUUGAAAGACUGCUUCUCAGAGGAGUGUCGCUCGGUGAUCCAGGAGCAAGCCGCAGCCCUGGGUUUGGCCAUGUUUGCUCUCCUGGUGCGGCGCUGCACCUGCUUACUUAAGGAGUCUGCCAAAGCUCAGCUGUCCUCUCCUGAGGAUGAGGAUGACCAAGAUGACAUCAAGGUCUCUUCCUUCGUCCCGGACCUGAAGGAACUGCUCCCCAGUGUGAAAGUCUGGUCAGACUGGAUGCUCGGCUACCCAGACACCUGGAAUCCUCCACCCACAUCCCUGGAUCUGCCCUCACGGGUUGCUGUGGAUGUGUGGUCGAUGCUGGCUGAUUUCUGUAACAUAUUGACUGCGGUGAAUCAGUCUGAGGUGCCACUAUACAAGGACCCGGACGAUGACCUCACUCUUCUUAUCCUGGAAGAGGAUCGACUUCUCUCGGGCUUUGUCCCCUUGCUGGCUGCCCCUCAGGACCCCUGCUACGUGGAGAAAACCUCGGAUAAGGUUAUUGCAGCCGACUGCAAAAGGGUCACAGUGCUGAAGUAUUUUCUGGAAGCCCUUUGUGGACAAGAAGAGCCUCUGCUGGCAUUCAAGGGUGGAAAAUAUGUGUCAGUGGCACCCGUCCCAGACACCAUGGGAAAGGAAAUGGGAAGCCAAGAGGGAAAACAACUGGAAGAUGAGGAGGAGGACGUGGUGAUUGAAGACUUUGAGGAAGAUUCAGAGGCUGAAGGCAGCGGGGGCGAGGAUGACAUCAGGGAGCUUCGGGCCAAGAAGCUGGCUCUGGCCAGGAAGAUAGCUGAGCAGCAGCGUCGCCAAGAAAAGAUCCAGGCUGUCCUGGAGGACCACAGUCAGAUGAGGCAGAUGGAGCUCGAGAUCAGACCCUUGUUCCUCGUACCAGACACCAACGGCUUCAUUGACCACCUGGCCAGUCUGGCACGGCUGCUGGAGAGCAGGAAGUACAUCCUGGUGGUGCCCCUCAUCGUGAUCAAUGAGCUGGACGGCCUGGCCAAGGGACAGGAAACAGACCACCGGGCUGGGGGCUAUGCCCGGGUGGUGCAGGAAAAGGCCCGGAAGUCCAUCGAGUUCCUCGAGCGGCGAUUCGAGAGUCGGGACUCUUGCCUACGGGCUCUGACUAGCCGUGGCAAUGAACUGGAAUCCAUCGCCUUCCGCAGUGAGGACAUCACUGGCCAGCUGGGUAACAAUGAUGACCUGAUCCUCUCCUGCUGCCUCCACUACUGCAAAGACAAGGCUAAGGACUUCAUGCCCACCAACAAAGCACUUUGGAAGCAGGUGAGAGCUUGGACCGAGCCCCCAGCCCAGUUUUCAAGACCUUUUCGAGGAGCCAAUCCGGCUACUGCGGGAGGUGGUGCUGUUGACGGAUGACCGGAACCUGCGUGUGAAGGCACUGACGAGGAAUGUGCCUGUGCGGGACAUCCCAGCCUUCCUCACGUGGGCCCAGGUGGGCUGAGGGGGCCUCACCGGGGCCCACCCCCAUGGAACCGUUCCUGAGAGGCCACCAGGCGCACAGUGUAGCAUAGAAGAUGCCCACGUGCCUGAGCCACCAAUCCACCCAGACAAUAAACCAUCCUCUUCCAACCCACGCCGUGGCCAUGCUGUGGGGGAGCUGCUCCUCACAGAGCCCCUCCCAAGGGUCGGGCAGAAACUGCUGGGACCCUCCUCGGCUGCCAAGAUUUAGCAGGGAGGUGGCUGGCUGCAGUGACAGCAGGUGGGCCAGCCAGGUAGGCUGCCCACACUCUGAGCCUUUCUCCCUCCCCAUGUCUAGUUCAAGGGCUGGGAGAAGGCCUUCUCGGCCCCAGGACUCAGCCACUUUCUCACCUGGAGAUGGGGCAGGGGGUUAAGAGUUUCCAUCAGAUGCAGGUGGAAUGACGGGUCCCUUUGAUUUUCUUCAGAAUCCCUGUCCUGAAUGUGUCCAAGAGGCUUUGGUCAUGCCAUGAAGAGAGUGCCCAGGGUUUGUCUCUCUCCCUGAGGCCUGGAUUCCCCACGGACCUAAGUUGGGUUCUGGACCCCACAUCCUGAACAGCAGCCCUAGGCCCACGCCUCUUCUACCCCACCCCCAACACAAACACACACCCUGCUGCUCUUCUUCCUGCCCUUAUCAAUCUGGGUCCAUUGCACUUUGCCACUUAUUUUCCCCUCGGAUGGUCAUGGGUCUGGAGGGAAGGGACAUCCAGUCUCAGGCCCAUGCUCCCUGGGUGGCCUUUGCCUUCUCCCUCCCCCCUCAUCAGCCUUCCUUUUACUCUAGUUCCCCACUUUACGAAAUGUCCUCAGGUUCUUCUUAGUUCUCCCCUCCCUGUCCUCCCUCUCUCCCUCCUGAGUCAUCCCCUUCACCCUCCUUCCCUUUCUAGUUGACCCCUCUCACCUCCCUGGUCCCCUCCAUUUCCUCACCUCAGUUCCCCCAUGGAGGUUCUCACUCUGAAUCUUCCUCCUCCGGUACCUGGGACAGGAACCUAAUAAAGUUUUUCCACCCCUAACCUCCUUUGCCUGGCUCCUGUGCUCCGAGAAACUUCCAGGCUUGUACAGCCCAGCCUGAGGGUAGCCUGAAGUUUCACCCUGUUUCUAGCUUUGCCCUGGAAGAACUUGACACAGGGGCCCUUUGGCCUUGGAGUUUUUUGUUGCUGCUGGCACCUGUGUUCAAAAUCUCACUCUGGAGGCUGCCUUCUGGGAAUGUGUUCUCCCAAUCCAGGGACGGGGAUGAGGGGGACUUAGAGGGAAGGCAGUUCUGAGGAGGAGCCAGGAGUAAAUUUUGAUGGGACCAGUGAGGGAAUCUGCCAGAGCACCAUCUGACUUCACAGGUUGCCCUGAAGAUGAGAGCAAGGCUGUGCCUUCCCUGAGGCCCAAGACUAUGCCAGAAGGAAGGGGGACUGUGCAGGAGAGCCAGGGCCAAUAGUUUGGGGGUAUGAGCCCCCCAGGGCCUCAGAAGACUGGGCUGUUUAGGGUACAGGGUCCCCGGCCUCUCUUUUGAGAACUUCUCCCUGGAUGAAGGCCACUGACUGAGUGGGUGGGAGACCUGUCUCUCCUUUCUGUCCCAUUUGCAGCACUGGUUUUGUU